AGUGCCAUAUGACAGUUGAGGUUAUGUGGUAGUUUGUAAAAACAUGGGUAAAAAAUCAAAAUCCUCGCCUGGUUUGGGCCGGUCGUUGAUCAAGGACCGGUUUGGGAGCACCAAGGGUCGCAAACUAACCCCCGACAAGUCUAUGUUGCAUACAACAGAAUUGCAAGAUGGGUACGACUGGGGCCGCUUGAAUUUACAAUCAGUGACUGAGGAGUCAUCGUUUCAGGAAUUCUUAGCCACCGCGGAAUUAACAGGGGCCGAGUUUCAGGCCGAAAAGCUCGAUAUAAAAUUUGUCAAUCCUAAAUCAAACAUCGGCUUGCUGACUCAAGACGAGAUAAACAAGGCAAAGAAUCUCCAUGAGAAACACAGAGGAGAGUUGAGGAUUCCCCGACGCCCCCCUUGGAACGCCAACAUGAGUAAAGAAGAGUUGGACCAAAACGAAAAAGAGUACUUUCUCCAGUGGCGCAAAGGUUUGGCCAAAUUGCAGGAAGACGAAGGCUUGCUUUUGACCCCCUAUGAACGGAAUCUCGAGUUCUGGAGACAACUAUGGAGAGUGGUUGAAAAAAGUGACGUAAUUGUGCAAAUUGUAGAUGCCAGAAACCCCCUACUUUUUUAUUGCGAAGACUUGGAGAAGUACACACAGGAGGUGUCACCGGAGAAAAUGAGCGUAGUCCUGGUCAAUAAAGCUGAUUUUUUAACCCAGGAGCAAAGACAAGCCUGGGCUGACUAUUUCACGUCCCAAAAUGUGAAAGCUAUCUUUUAUUCAGCCACUUUAGCGUCAGAAACUGAGCCAAGGGGAGGAGCGGACCAAUCAGAAUUGAAUCAGCUCCAAGACUACGUUGACACUCUAGAACGAGAAGUUGAGAAAACUGCGCAAAAAUUGAAUGAGAUUUUAGGAGUCCUGAAACUGGAGUUUCAAAAUUCCAACGAGAUAUUAACUAAAGACCAGUUGAUUGAUUUGUUUAAAAACAUUCAUAAAGGUUGUAAAGUUACUGAAGAUGUUACAACUAUUGGUCUUGUUGGGUACCCCAAUGUGGGGAAAAGUUCAACAAUUAAUUCACUUUUGUCGGCUAAAAAAGUCUCGGUUUCUGCCACUCCGGGGAAAACCAAACAUUUCCAGACUCUAUUUCUUACGAAAAAUCUGCUCCUCUGUGAUUGUCCUGGACUUGUAAUGCCUAAGUUUGUUUUUACCAAAGCUGAAAUGAUUAUAAAUGGAAUACUGCCAAUAGAUCAAAUGAGGGAUCAUGUACCCCCUGUUAAUUUAAUCGCGACAUUAAUUCCUAAACAUGUGUUGGAAGACAAGUACGGGAUCAUGUUACCAGCCCCCAUGGAAGGGGAGGAUCCUGACAGGUGCCCCACUUCAGAGGAAUUAUUAAACGCAUAUGCUUAUAACAGGGGAUUUAUGACUGCUAAUGGCCAGCCUGAUAAUCCCAGAGCAGCUAGAUAUAUUUUAAAAGAUUACAUGAAUGGGAAAUUAUUAUAUUGUCAUGCCCCUCCUAGUGUUGCCCAAACGGAAUACCACAGGUGGCCCGAAAGACAGAAAUUUCGUUCUUUAGAAACCGCACCUCCUCGCCAAAUUCGUGCUAUAAAAACAAGUCGUGCAACGACUGAAGACGUUGAUAAAAUGUUCUUCCAUGGGGGCUCAUCAGCUGUGCAUACGAAAGGAAAGACAAUGAUUGGUGGUUACGGGGCUGUGAAUGGUAGCGUCCUGGGGGAUAAACCUUGGAAGAAGGUCAACAAACAUGAAAAUAAGAACAAGAGGGAGAAACUGAGAAGAGUUUAUGCUCAUCUGGACCAACACUGAUUAAAAAAGUUUUAUUAGGAAGACAAAAUCAAGUUGAGAAUUUUUAUAAUAAAUUAAUUAAAUACAAUGCUGUGCAAUA